GCAAAAGGGAAAUCCAACGUGACGUCAUUUUCCGAAAAAUUUAUAUAUGGCGGCGCGAAUUCUAGGUUUCAUCACGUGACCCGAUGCCAUUGUGAGCGAAGAGACCCAGAUAUAUCUAUUGUAUAUAGAGUGUGUAAAUAAAGUGUAUUAUGAGUACCACACUGAGCACGAGUCGUGCCAGCAACCGGCCAAAUAAGGAGAAGCAUUACAAAACUGCUAAAGACACAACACAGUCAAGAGCAGAGGGACCAUCAGAUAAGGCCAAGGCCACUCCAGAACAAAUGAGACUAGCACAGCUUACAUCUGUGACAAAAGAGGAUGAAGAAUUUGAAAAGAAAGUCAACCAGGUUAUGGAAAUUACUGGACGAGACAAAAAUGUGUGUGAAAUAGCUUUACAAGACUGCAAAAAUGACACAGACAGAGCAGUGAACAUGCUGCUGGAGAAUGAUUUUGAGGAGGGAAUGGGUGAAUGGAGGGAGACAACAAAGAAGAAGAAAAGACAGACCCCUUCCUCUAACUCCAAUAACUCCAAAUCAGACCCGACCAGUAAUCACAUUGAGGAGGAGGCUCCUAAACCCGAACAGAACACAGAAUCCGAGAGACCUGACCGCCGGGAUCGACCCGAGAGUAGCAACCGAAGAAACAAACGACCGGACACCCGCCCUCCCCGCCUGGCUAACAAGGGGAGGGGCCGAGACCGACCAGACUACUUCCGUAAUGACAAGAUGAACGGUGAUACUGAGAGUGAUAGUAAUUUUGGAACAUUCAGUAACAAAGAGCGUGACGGAGAGGGAAGUCGUGGGCGGGGCCGAGGGAGGGGCCGGGGGAGAGGAGGCAGGGGUGCAGGAGGGGGCAGCAGUGGACGAGGAGGAAGAAGUUAUAACAGACCACAGAGAUUUGAGGGGGGUCCUCAGAUUGACACAUGGACCAAUGAGACGGCAGCGAAUGCUGAGAAAGAGAAUACCUCCAUAGGUGGUUGGGGAGAUGUAGAAGAUUGGAAUGAAGAUCAGUGGACAGGAAAUCUAACUGAAAGCAAGGUGUUUACAGCAUCAACACAAAACACUCAGAAAUCUGAAAAUACCAGCAGUUUAAAUGACUCUUCAAAUGGAAUUGGUCAGAGAUUAGAUCUUGGAACUCUACUUCAAAAGUCCAACAAUGACACAGAAUCAGCUUUUAUCUCCCAAUUCAACCAGGAAGCUACAGAGUCCAUUAAAAACUCAAUUGGCAUUGGUUCUGGGAAUCGAGCUCAGUAUUCUAGUCAGGAGUCCAGCCGGUCUACCUACAGUAGCAGUACCCUGACAACCUCAGCAUUGACCGAUCACCUACAGACCUCCUCCCUGGCCUCCCAGCUCCCUAGCUCCCUAGCAGGUGACAUGACCUCCUCUCUCUCCAAUUCUCAGGCCUCAGCCGCUGUGGAUGCUUUGGUGUCGACAUUUACACAGCAGGGUCAGAACAUUGCAGCUAAUGCCAACUUGGACCAAAUAAGUAGCAGUAAUUUACUGCCAGUUGUUUCACAGAAUUCCAGUUCAGACAGUUCAUCUACAGGGAAUCUACAGUCUGUGUUACAGCAACAACGACCUAAACCUCAGAGGUCAAAGUUACCUCCUCCUUCAAAGAUUCCUGCUUCAGCUGUAGAGAUGCCUGGACACCAGAAUCACCAGAUGGGUAAUCUAGAUGUGCAGUUUGGGAACUGGGAGUCCUCUGCUGAGUCCUCUCUCUUUAGUUUUGGAUCCUCCAGUGAUUCACCAGUCUCCAAGAGCAUGGCUAGUAGCCUACCAAGCAGCACAAAUACUUCAAUGAACAAUCACAUAUCUCAACAAAACGAAUCUGUGAUGGUGUCGGGGAUUACCACCCCUCCCAAUAGCAGCUCAUCCUUGGCCAGUCAGGAAUCUCCCAGAAACAGCAUGUUUCAUAAUUCACCCUACACAACUCCUACCAAGAAGGAGCCCCCAGCUCUUGGCCAGAACAAGAGGAGUCCUCAUGAGUCAAUGCCAUUCCCUCAAUCUCAGACGGACAGGAAAUCCAGUCCAAUGAUAGGAUCAACAAGACCGGGAUCAAAUCAAAAUUCCAUGCAAACGAGCAAAACAGAUUCCACAUUGAGUUAUUCUCAGGCUGGCCCGAGUGGUUACCAGUCUUCAUACCAAUCUCAGUCUGUACUCAGCAAUUCCUCGGGACUUUCAAACUCUUCAGGACUUGGAAGGGAGGCCCCAGGGCUCACUCGAGAGGCCCCAGGUCUUACUCGAGAUCCCUCAGUCUUAGCAUCAAUAGAUGCAGCAGGAUUGUCAGUGUCAAGUCUUUCAAACUCAAGUGGAUUAACAAACUCAACAGGAAUGUCAACCACAUCAGGAUUAGUGAAUUCCUCUGGAUUGUCAAGUUCUCGGGAUCCAUCUUCUCUAACAGGUGCUCCUGGCCUGAGUAAUUCAUCUGGAUUAUCAAACACAGGGAAUCUCCAAAGUUCAGGACUCUCCAAUUCUACUGGUCUGUCAAACAGCAGUGGAAUGGGUAGCACUGCCUUUAACACAACUCAACAGAACUCCUACCAGAGCCAGUACCAGUCUGGGUCUAGCCAAUACCAAGCUAGUCAGAACCAGUAUCAAUCUGGUCAAAGUUCCUACAACUCCAGUGCUUCUCAGUAUCAAAAUCAGUACCAUCAAAACUAUGGACAGUCAGGUUCAUCUUUCCCCAAUCAAAAUUCAUACGGAAGUGGAGGUAGUUAUAACACCUCUCAGUCCUCGCAGAACUCUCUGUAUCAGUCUGUACCCACGACAUACCCAAAUCAGAGCCCGGCCUCUCAAAACAGCCAGAAUUCUCUCUAUCAUCAGUCAUCGCCCUCAUCUUACCAACAGAAUAGUCAGUCCUACCACAGGGACUCGCAGCCCCCCGGUGCAUACUCGGCCACUGUCAGCCAGUCCAAUUCAUACCAAAGAGACAGUAGUCAGUCGGGGCUGUCCACCACUGUGUCACAGAGCCAGAGUGGAUACUCAUCUCAGUCCUAUGGCUCAUCCCAGCAUCAAAACAGCUUGCCAUCUAACUUACAAACUUCACCUCUCAAUCCCAACAAACUUGGAGAUUCUUUGUCCAAGAUGUCUGUGAAAGAUUCUUCAAUUGACACAAGGCAAUCACCACAGUAUGAAUCGUCGUCAACAACUGCUAACCUAACAAGUACAACAAGCACGGCAUCGUUAUCCACAGGAACAAGUACGCCCUCGACAACGUCAUCGUCCCUGCCGUCUACAGCCGGUAACAGUGUAUCCAAAACUUACUCCAUCACCAGUAAUAGUAGUACUUCAGUUUCGAGCAGUAAAGCUCCUCCAAACCUUCCUCCAGGGGUUCUUCUAGGAAAUCCACAGUAUAUUGUCGGACAAGGCACACUACCGUACUUUGGUCUACAACAACCUUUGUAUGGAUAUGAGGAUCUACAAUUGCUUCAACAGAGAUUGCCCUUACCUGGUUACAAUUAUGAUCUCAGUGGAUUUGGAGUUCCAACAACAAUAGCCGGACGAGACCAACAAACACUUGGAAAUGUGCCAUAUUCAGGAACAGACAAUAAGCUGACAAGGGUGGAUGCCCAGUCUCCCAUUCCUACGACACAGGCGUCCACUCAGUCCACACACCAGCAGCAACAACAACAGCAGCAGCACUUCAUCAACCUGCCCUACGGAUACUACUACCCAUCUGUACUACCGAAUGCUGCUGCCGCCGCAGGCUUCCAGUUCCCAGGAACCCCCAUGUUUCCUGUGCCCCCUGUAACAAACACAGCACAUGCUGGAACAACAGCCUCAGCUCAGUUUCAGAAGUAUGGAUCACACUAUGGAAGUAAACAAGGUUAUGAAGACUUGACCCAGCCAUCAGAUUUCUCUAAAUCCAGCUAUUUGAAUCAGUCCCAGAAUAAAGUUUCCUCUGUUUCAGGAGGAACAGUGACAGCUGCAGAUCUAACUGGUACAGGAUAUGGCAAAUCUCAUACACAGAUGCUUAAUUUGGGUGACCGAGUUACAAAAUCCUAUCCUCCCAGACACCAACGAACGCAUGAUGCAUUUGACAAGCAAGGAUUUGCUGCAGGAACCCCUCCCCCAUUUAGCCUGCCUCUAGCAGCGGGAACACAAGCUGGCCCCAUGGGAGCCCCAACAAAUCCUUAUGGAACCCCAGCUCCAUUUGUUCCCAUGAUGCCCCAUUCUCAAAUGCUGCACCCUGGACUUCACCAGGACUCUAGCCCUGGUGCAAGCCGAGGUAACCAAGCACAAAAUACAUCCCAGUCCAAGGCCAACACAGCCAAGCCUUACAGUGUGGGGGGAGGAUACUGGAACAACUAAAACAAGCACAAAAUCUAACCAAAAAAAUAGUAAAACGGAAAAAAAGUGUGAACUGGAGUUAUUGAUGUAAUCUCAGUUUUCGAUGUAGAUGUGUAGUCUACAGUGUGAAAUCAUGUUGAUAAAUAAUUGGGUGUUAAGAGAGUCGCUCACAAUGGCAUAGGUGAAAGGCAUUACGCAGAACUUGUUUGUGAAAGGAAAAUAGUUUAUCCAUCGUAUAAUCUGUGUUAUUCUUAAAUAUCAAGAAGGCCUAUAGAAAGAGAUUGUACAUAGUUCUUUUCUUUUCCUUGUAUUCGUUUUGUAUUGGUCAUAGCUGUACAUUCACUAGUUGUGUUGCUGUGUUAAAAUAGUCUUUGUGCUAUUUGGGGAAAUCAUUCUAGGUUUUGGAUUUUGAAGUUAUGAGGAUAUAUCUGUAAGAAAUGGCAGUAAAGGUAUUUUUAUAUAUAAGGUGUAAAUCCAUUGUAUUUAUUGUAGCUUGGUGUUUGUUUUCACUGAAUGGAUUUGAUAUUUGUGCCUUAGUAGUCAGCACAAAAAAAAUUGAUUGGUGCAGGAGAUCAUGCCUCCUCAUUAUAUAAACGGUCCUUAGAACCAACUAUUGAUUUUUGUUCUCUCCCUUCUUUUUCUGCAGAACACCACGUUUUAUGUGGUAGGCUUUUGUCAUUUACCAACAAAUCCCCAAAUUGUUGCUUACAUAAUUUUGUUUGUAUCAUUAUUUUGUACAUAAGUCAUCGGAUGUGAUAAAAACAGGCAUCUUGUCCUGAAAAAUGAUCAACUGUUGGAAUUGGUUGUAUUGAAUGUUUUAUAAAACCAAAUCACCGUGCAAGACAUCUUGCCUACACUCAAAAAAAAAAUAUCACCAAAUGUUUGGUGUUUAAAAUAAAGCUACUUUUAUGUGUGUGUAUUCAAAGAUAAAUUAUAUGUACUGUAUGCAUGUGUAAAUUUUUUUUAACACUCUCACAUGUAAAUCCUUGUAAAUAACAUUCUUGUACAUUUCUCAUUCAGUAUGGUACAGAUGUAUUUUGCUUUUUUUUUUAUUAUUAUUAAUGGAGACUUGCGUAAUGUAAAUUUCUAUUGUGCUCAUAAUAAAUUGAUAAAAUGAGA